AUGGAUAUUACUCACACCCGCGAAGAUCAUCCUGAUGGCCUCGCGGGGCUGGAGGAGAAGAAGACCAGCAGCAGCAGCGAUGCGAAGACGCUGGGCCAUCUGCGCCUGCGACACGCUGAGACCAACGAGAUUAUUCUAGUCCCGACGCCGUCUUCUGACCCCAGGGACCCUCUCAAUUGGCCGAGAUGGUUCAAGCUGUACACAGCGGUCGCUGUUUGCUUUGCUAUGAUUCUGUGCAAUUUCCUCGCGGCUGGUCCAACACUGGCUAUUCUCCAGACCGCACAGGACUUCUUCCCCGACUGGACGGAGACUGGCAUGGCUGGCCCUAUCGCAAAGACUGCUUAUUUUUUCAACACUACCGCGCUGUUCCAGGGGUUAGGUAAUCUGCUUUGGAUGCCACUGGUUAACAAAUAUGGUCGUCGCCCUAUUUAUGUGGUUGCUUUUACCUUAUAUGCUAUCACUGCUAUCUGGUGUGCUGUUGGUAAAGGCUACGCAAACUUCCUAGUAGCAAGAAUUGUCAUGGGAUUUGCCGCUGGAGCAGGAGAGUGUCUUGCCCCUGUUACCAUUGCAGAUCUCUACUUCCUCCAUGAGCGUGGAGCUAUUACCGCGUUGUAUAACGCCUCUCUGAAUCUUGGUGUUGCUACCGGAGCUAUUAUCGACGGCUUUAUCGUGAAGUACCGCCCAUGGCGCUAUAUCUACUACGUCGCUAUUGCUCUUAUUGGUGGUGUUACCCUUAUUGUAUACUUGACCUUCCCGGAAACAGCAUUUAUCAGAAUAACCACAUCCAGAAGUAAUAUUACUACAUUGACUGCGUCUGGCGAACGUGUCCGUCGCGGUACCGAAGGUCUCAAGUUAUACCAUGGUACCUACACCGAUGAGUCGAUCUGGCAAAUGGCGAUCCGUCCUAUUGGACUCCUGAUCCUUCCCCCGGUUCUUUGGGCAACACUGGUUAUGUCGGUGACUAUUGGUUUCAUCGUGGCCGUCACAUCUAAUGUUUCGCCGGCAUUUUCCACGGCUUAUGGCUUUGAGGCCUGGCAAUCUGGACUGUGCUUCUUCUCAGCUAUUAUCGGAGCUCUGGUCGGGAUUUUCCUUGGGGGCCACUUCUCUGACUGGGUCGCUGACUACUUCACUCGCCGUAAUGGUGGUAUUCGAGAGCCGGAGAUGCGGCUUCCUGCUAUCAUGAUUGGGGCUAUUACCGGCCCCCUUGCCCUAGCUCUAUACGGCUGUGGUGUCCACUGGAAGCUACACUGGAUUGUUCCUACUAUCGGUAUUGGCUUAGUCAACUUCACCAUCACCCAGGCCACAAACGUCUCCCUUGUGUAUACCAUCGAUAGCUACCGUCCUGUCGCCGGUGAAGUUGUUGUCACUCAGCUUGCUUUCAAAUCUGCAUUCGGCUUUUUGCUGGGAUUCUACACGAACCCAUGGGUUGACGAGGAUGGCUACAAUGUAGCAUACGGCGAAAUGGCUGCCAUUUGCGGCGCUAUCCUCAUGUUAUGGGUCCCACUGUUCAUUUGGGGCAAGAAGAUUCGCGAGAAGACUAUCAGCUGGAGGGUCGUGCGGUGGGUGCAGUGGGGUGCAGACCGAGAGGUUGGCGAGUAA